AUGUAUCGAGCGAGCGCCUCUGCUGCCAUCGAUGCCGACAGGCUCCAGACUCUCUUCUGCAUCAAGAAACGGCACAAGUCCCUCCAUCGAGCCAGUAGGACGGGGGUUGACGGUGAGCCAUCGGAGGCAGCGAGGAAUGGGCACGGGGAUGGGAAGAAGAGCAGGCAGCGAUAUUCCCUCCUCGAUCUCCGUCGAGCUCAGAACAUCGGCAUCAUGCUCUCCAAGUUCCGCUGCUCCCUCCGCAAGAUCCGCGAGGCUGUGGUCGAGCUCGAUGCCGACGUGCUCACCCUUGAUGACGUGGCGUCACUGAAGCAGUACGUGCCGACGGACGAGGAGAUGGAGAUGCUGAGGGCCUUCGAUGGAGAUGCGCGAGACCUCGGGAUAGCCGAGCGCUUCUUCCUCGAGAUCCUUUCAGUCCCGAGGUACAGGGAGAGGCUGAGCGUGUUUGAGUUCGUCAAGAGCUUCGAGGAUCGUUGGCAGGAGGCAACGUCGGGCAUCUCGACCCUCCGCCUCGCCCUGCUCGAGCUCAAGGACUGCAAGGGGCUGCACCAGGUGCUGGAGAACCUGCUGGCCAUCGGCAACUUCAUGAACUUCGGGACGAGCAUGGGCAAUGCCGGAGGCUUCCGCCUGGAUGCUCUAGAGCAGGUCUCGAACAUGCGGUCCAACGUGGACAAGGAUGGUACAGUCUGCACCCUGUUGGACUACCUGGUG